AUGCCGGGCCGGGCGGAGCCGUCGGGGGGACGCGCGGCGGCGGGGCCGGUGGCGGUGCCCGUACCGGUGACACCCGGCGCGGCGGCGCGGCCGGGAGGCGCGGGGCUGCGGGCCAAGGGCUUCGCCAUCACCGACCUGCUGGGGCUGGAAGCCGAGCUGCAGCCGCCCCCCGGGCCCCCCCCGGCCGCCACCGCCGGUGGCUACGAGGGCGGCGGGGCGCUGGGGCUGGGGCUGGGGCUGCUGUGCAGCCUGGGGGGGCCGGGAGCCCCGUGCCUGCUGCCCGCCCCGCUGCCGCUCCUGCCCGCCCGCGGCCCCCGCCCGCCUCCCGGGCCGCCUCCCGCCGCCCGCCGCCACAAGGAGAACAUCUCCGAUGAGGACAGCCUGUCUGGGGACGCCAGCGACCUGAAGAUGUCCACCUCCCAGAUCAAGAGGAAGAAACGCAGGCACAGGACUGUAUUCACAGCUCACCAGCUGGAGGAGCUGGAGAAGGCUUUCAAUGAAGCGCACUACCCCGACGUCUAUGCCCGGGAGAUGCUGGCUGUGAAGACGGAGCUGCCGGAGGACAGGAUACAGGUUUGGUUUCAGAACCGAAGAGCCAAGUGGCGGAAGCGGGAGAAGUGCUGGGGCCGGAGCAGCGUGAUGGCCGAGUACGGCCUCUACGGGGCCAUGGUGAGGCAUUCCAUCCCCCUGCCCGAGUCCAUCCUCAACUCCGCCAAGAGCGGCCUGGUGGGAUCCUGCGCCCCGUGGCUGCUGGGUAUGCACAAAAAGUCCAUGGAGGUGAGCAGGAAGGCAGAGAGCCAAGAGAAGCUGGCAGAUGGCUGGCGAAUGGAGCAGGAGGAGGAGGACCUCAAAGGGACGCAGGCCAGCUCCCAGAAGGGCUCUGACAAGCUUGGGCCUGCAAAAGACUCGGAGGACACAGCCAUCGACCUCUCCAGGACAGCCAAGCACGAGAAGAGGGGUGUGCUGAGGCAGUACAUCAAUGGGGACCCCCCCACAGAGCAGAACGACAGGGACCACUGAGCCUGGGCUGCCCCGGGGGAGGCCAGACCUCACGGCGUCCUGGCGACACCAUUCUAUUUAUUGAUUUAUUGAUAUAUAUUUUUUUUUUCUUAAAUAACGGAACUUUUAUCUGAAUUCAGGGCAUUUUAAAACUGGGCACACACACCCCCUCGUCCCCUCACUUUCAAGCUGUUCACUUCUCAGCAGAGCCAGGGUGGAGGGUGGCAGAGGGGCCAGGGGCAGUGCGAGGACGGGAGCGCAUUGUGGUCAGCACCGAUUGCUGCUGGGGAGGAGCCCCCUUCCUUCCCCUCCCUGCUGGGACCACUUCCCCAGCUAGCUAGAAGCACAAAGAGGAGCAACACACUAGGAGUUGCUCCCUCCUCCAGCACGCAGGUGCAAGGAGUUUACAGACGCCUUCUCCAAGCGCUUCCACCCCGGUGUGAGUCCUUCC